AUGAGAUCCUCGCAUGGGCAGCUGAUUGGGUUUGACGAGUCGCUGCCAUUGUUGCACAGGUUUGGCUACUUACCAAGGACCGAAGGACGUAGUCGAUCUGGCUUGAUGGCAUAUGGUUGUGUAGCUUUCCAUUCAUGCAGCUGGCAAAUACAAAAUGCCACUUGCGGCGGCAAGCUGGAUCGCAGACUCUUCCAGCUGCGUCCCUUAAGUCGCAACCAUCGGCACUCCGGCAGCUAG